AUGAGUUCGUCGCUGGUUGCUUAUGAUGAUUCAGACUCUGAGGCAGAAACUGAAAAGACUGAAGUCCCCAAUACUUCUAGCAGAAAAACAAGCCAUCCAAGUUCUUCUGUGAACUGUGUUCGGUACUUUGCACCUGGUAGUUUGGGUACAAAAUCUGCAUAUGAAAUGCAGUGUACUGAGAACGCUGACAGUUCUGGCACAAGUGCUGUUUCUGGAGAUCCUCCUGAACAUUACACACAGAAUAACAACGCUGUUUUGACAUUUCCUUAUUGUAGGAGAGCAUAUUCUGGCCAUACUGCAUUAUGCAUGCCAUACAAAAACUAUGAACAAACAUCCAGCUCUUCAACAAACUCUGGAAAUGGUGUUUCCCAGAAGAGAAUACAUAAAGACAGUACUACUGCCAUAAAAGGAAUUAGACCAUAUAUCCCUAAAAGAUUACGCCAAGAAAAUUCUAGUGUGCCUGAAAAAAAAGAAUCUGAUCAGAGAGAUAGCUCAGAUGGUGAUGUUAAUAUAGGCAUAUCAGGAGAGCAGACUUCAAGAAAGAUCUCUGAAUUAAUUAAGCCGUAUUUGGGAUCCAAAUAUAGAACAACUGAAGUUCCCAGAAACUUGAUAUUUUACAUGUCCAAACACAGUGGCCCUGUUAAUGAAAUUCAAUGGUGUCCUGUACGAGAACAAAGUCACAUGCUUCUCUCGGCUUCCAUGGACAAAACAGUCAAG